GUGAUCAUCACAAUGGCUCAUGUGUUAACGGACUUGGUCACGUGGAGCCCAGAAGAGAUAUACAUGCUAUAGAGUGUGUUGUAGUCAGUGGUUAUAGGUCUAUGUCUAAUGUAUAUCUGCUUGUGAUGUAUGCAUUUGUAUACUCACACAAAUCGUAGGCUGUAUAUCUGACCAUUCACGCUCUUGGCCAUUCUCUGCCAUGAAUCUUAAACCCCGUCUACAUCCAGUCAUGCAUGACUCACACCGAAAGCCAUAUCGAAUCACAUAGCAAAACGCCUCUAAACUAAGUGGUCUAUCAAGCAGUUGUUUGCUUAAGCUGGCUCUAUUCAAUUGUUGCCGAUGUCACAUGGAGGGCACGAGAGUGGUGCACAUCUUUGAUACGUGCUCCCGUGUAAGGCAGCUUACCCAUCUGUUACUGCUGUGGCACUUCAGCCUCAAAGAGAACAGCAACUUAGGUUUCUCAACUCUCUAUACCUAGGUAGGUGCUGCAUGACUUUUGUAUGAGUCGACCUUGAAAAAGCCACAUCAAGAAAGCCAACCUUGGCUUCCCCGUCUGACUCAACUGCCAAACUCAGCCACAGCCUCAUUCACGGUCACAGCAUGCACUUUCAACCCAAACGAACAAUAAAUAUGCACCGAAUCCCGUCAACUAUUCUUUCUAACUCUCGUAUCUUUAUUCAUCGCUACUCAGUCAAAAUGGCUACGACAUCGAAUCCCGGUCCAGUGUAUUUCUGGCGAGAAACAGACCCAGCAACAGGAUACCUUUCACAAUGGUAUUACUGUCCUUUCAAGGAUGACCAGGAUGAGAAAAAGACAUACAAAACAGCAGAGCAUUAUAUGAUGUAUCAAAAAGCUAUCCUGUUCAACGACGAAGCCACCGCUCUUGAGAUCCUCAAGACAGGCCAUCCACGGAAAGUCAAGUCUCUCGGCCGCCAGGUGGAGAACUUUGACGAAACAGUAUGGCUCAAGCAUCGACGUGACGUAGUUCGAAAGGGCAACAUCCUCAAGUUCACACGUGCUAUCACAGAGGAGGGUUUCAAGAGAGGCACGCCUGGCGCAAAUCAAGUAAAUUCAUUACACCGGCCCAUCGAAGGUUCUCUAGCAGAUAUAUUGAUCAGCACGGGUGACAGAGAACUUGUCGAGGCCAGUCCAUUCGAUCGGGUUUGGGGCGUUGGGUUUAAAGCUGCGGAUGCAGAUGCUGCGAGAGAUUUAUGGGGUGAGAAUUUGCUUGGUAAGGAGUUGAUGGAGGUCAGAAGGAUCUUGAAAGAGAGACGAGGCGGUCACGAAGCAUGAGUUGGGUGAUGUAUAGACGACUGAACUGCUCUACAAGUUUGAGCCGAGCAAGCGGGUAUCACUUUGUCGAGGGGCAAGAUGAUGGUUGUUUGAACUGUUUCGGCUAUACGCCCAGAUAGAUUGCACCGACCUUGAAAACCAAGGCAACUUUUGAACAUGUCUAUAAGUCCAUCUUCCUCCCACCAAUGAUGCCCGGCCCAAUGCCCCUAUUCCCCUCUAUAAUCAUACAUAAAAAGAGCCUCAUCCCGAGGCAAGCAGAGCGGCGUGGUAGUAGUCAUUUUUUGCUGUUUAGCAGCCCCAAACCCAUUCUCC